CAUUGUCAAAAAAAAAAAAAAAAAACAGAUUCCCAUUAAUCCAAGCCCAGCUUUUUGUUUCAGUUAUUCUGGAUUACAUCACAACUUCUCUCACCCUUAAAUAUACAUUACAUACAUUUCCUCCGGCAGUCACACACAUUGUGAGAGCCUCCAAACUCCCCCACCCCCCCCCCCCCCCCCCCCUUCUUUCUCUCAUGGCUAAUUUUUUCAUAAGCACUGCUUUUAUGGUGGUCACUCUUCUGCACUACCAUGUACGUGGAGAUCAUCAGCAGAAGCAUUCUGACAGGGAAACUAAAGAAGCUGGAAAUGAAGGAUGUGAUAUGUUCCAAGGGAGGUGGGUUUCCGAUGAGUCAUAUCCGCUCUACAAUUCAUCACAAUGCUCCUUCGUAGAGAGAGAGUUCACUUGCAUACAAAACGGGCGUCCGGACGAAUUUUAUCUCAAAUUCCGGUGGCAGCCCACUGGUUGCAACUUAACAAGGUUCAACGGGGGAGAUUUCUUGAAAAGAUAUAGAGGGAAGAGCUUCAUGUUUGUUGGGGACUCGUUGAGUUUGAAUCAAUGGCAGUCACUCACUUGCAUGCUUCAUACAGCUGUUCCAGAUGCCGACUAUACACUUGUUAGGGCUGGAGACCUAUCCACAUUCACCUUCCCAGAAUACAAUGUUAAGGUGAUGUUCUCUCGGAAUGCAUUUCUGGUCGAUACAAUAGCAACACCUGCUGGCCGAGUUCUUAAGCUCGACUCUAUUGAAAGCGGGAAACUUUGGAAGGGAAUUGACUUCUUGAUCUUCAACACAUGGCACUGGUGGCUGCACACUGGAAGGAAGCAACCUUGGGAUCUUAUUCAAGAAGGAAACAGUACCUAUAAAGACAUGGAUCGGUUGGUUGCGUAUGAGAAAGGGCUCAAAACAUGGGCUAAAUGGGUAGACACCAAUGUGGACCAAACAAAAACCAGAGUCUUCUUCCAAGGAGUUUCCCCAGAUCACAAUAAUGCAAGUGAUUGGAAGGAUCCUACUGCAAAAACUUGUGAAGGACAAAUGCAACCAGUGGCCGGGUCUCAGUAUCCAGCAGGACCACAUCCAGCAGAGCAAGUAGGAGAAAGAGUAUUGCAUUCCAUGUCAUUUCGAGUUUAUUUGCUAAACGUGACGACCCUUUCACAACUAAGAAAAGAUGGGCAUCCAUCUGUGUACGGCCAUGGUGGUCACAAGGACAUGGAUUGCAGCCAUUGGUGUCUUGCUGGAGUUCCGGAUACAUGGAAUGAACUCCUAUAUGCUGCUCUUAUACAAAGCUAAAACCAGUACUUAAUUAGUUAGCUAGUUAGUUGUAUAUCCAAAGAAACAAAUAAACUUUGAAAGUCUUGGAUUAAUUAUUAAUAGCAAUAAAUAAUCUUAGUCAGUCAUCCCCUGAUGCCAAUCUUUACUAAUUUUACACCCUUGAUACGGUUACAUUUUUCCUGAAUGGAUUGUAGUGAAAAUGUUACAAUGAGACCUCAAAUAAAAUAAAAAGUUGAUU